AUGUCAUUCGCCGGACUAUUGGAUUUUGCUCGGAAAGACAUUGAUAUUCCAGCAAAUGCACCCAAAGCUUUAUUAAAAGAUUUGCAUUCAAGUUUUAUUCACAAAUAUGAAGCGGACAAGAAUAGCUAUACGUAUAUAAUGACUGAACACUUGCGAGUUAGCGGAAUUUACUGGUGUGUGAAUGCGAUGGACCUUCUAAGAGAUCUUGAUAAAAUGUCUAAAGAGGAAAUCGUGAAAUACGUGUUGGAAUGCGAAAAUAGCGACGGUGGAUAUGGGCCGGCUCAGGGACAUGAUAGUCAUAUACUACAUACACUUUGUGCUAUUCAAAUUUUGAUAAUUUUCGAUAGUUUGGAUAAAGCGAAUUUCGACCGGAUUGCCAAAUAUGUAAAAAGUCUACAAAAUGAAGACGGAAGUUUCAAAGGAGAUAGUUCUGGUGAAGUUGAUACACGGUUUACCAUGUGUUCUCUUGCCACGUGCCAUUUCAUUGAUCGUCUCGAUGUGCUUGACGUAGACGCCGCGAUUCGUUUCAUUAUGCAAUGCUACAACACUGAUGGAGGAUUUGGAACACGACCAGGUUCAGAGAGCCACUCUGGCCAGGUUUAUUGUUGUAUUGGAAGCUUGGCUAUUGCUGGAAGACUGGAGGAUAUCGACAGGUUCAGGACGGCAGAAUGGCUAGCUUUCAGACAAUGUGACAGUGGCGGUUUGAACGGCCGACCCGAAAAGCUUCCCGAUGUCUGUUAUUCGUGGUGGGUGCUCGCCUCAUUAUCAAUUCUCGGAUGUCUAGAUUUCAUCGAUGAGAACAAAAUGAAAAACUUCAUUUUCGCCUGUCAAGACGACGAAACCGGAGGGUUCGCAGAUCGACCUGGAGAUUGCGUAAGUAACUAA